AUGUCAUGGAUAUCAUCAUCGAAUGCUAAGUUGACAAGGCGUUACGGUGCAUUCGCCUCAGAUAGUACAAACGAUAAAGCUGCAUCACUGUUUGAUGCAGUUUUUUCCAAGCAGAAGCCGUCGACUUCCCAGCCUCAGGCAACCUCUACAUUCAAAAAUGAAGCCAGAAUCUUCACACAGACUGUUGAUUUAAAAUCUGUGAAAAAAGUGGAUACUUUGCGUUCAAAUCCAUCGAAUUUUACGAAUACACCACCUGCUUCUGACGGUUUCAAGGUUGAAAUUGAGAAGUCUGACUCCAGCGAAGAUGAAGAUGAAAUUGCUCAACCUAACAGCCAGUCUUCAACAAGCGGCCUUACUACUUCGCUUAGUUUAGUCAGAGUUGACUCCCAAACAAGCAAGCUUCGUUCUGAAGAUUUUGGAGAGGAUGAUAAUGCAUGUACAAGUAAACCAAAGAAUCUCGAUAAAGAUGUUUUGUCGUCUUCGUUGAAAAGCAAGGCUGCUGGAAGGUUAGAAGAUUACGAUUUUGAUGGAGAUGAUGAGGAAGUGCCUCCAGAAGUGAAGCGUCAACGAUUAAGUGAAAAUAUAUCUGAAGAUGGAGUUAAAAUUGAAACCGAAGUUCCAAACAGUAGCCUCUAUCUUCCUCCUACCACGCAAAAUAAGCCGAAGUACAAUCAUCGAUGGGCCUCGGAUGAAGAGGAAGAAGAAUUUGAUAACGACGUAGCUGGCGUUGCAGCUGCCAGUGUUUCACAACGUUUGAGUCAUACUUCAGUUGUUCAUCACAGUCCAGGUGAACAGAGCUCCCAACAAGUGGCACAACAGUGUCCUGAAAAAAUCAGAAAUGUUAAAGAUGCUAAUGACUGCCUUGAGUCAGGAAAGUUGGUUGAUUACAAGCAAGAUAUAAAUUACGUUCUCAGCACUUUGUUGGACAAAAAUUCCUCCACUAAUUUGAAGUGUUUGAGUUUGAUUUCAUUGGCUAAAAAAUGCUCCUAUCCAGAUUUUCGUAGCUUUAUUCGCUCAGGAAAUUUAUUGGAGAAGGUUUUAAAGAUGGUUAAUGAUGUUCAGAUUCCUAGUAUGGCCGUUUGCAUAGCUGUCAUUAUAUAUGUUAUGGCUCGCGAUAAAGCUUGUAUUAAAUAUGAUGGAACAACUCUGAGGAUGCUGAGUGUUUAUCUGAAAAUGGAAAAUCCAGAAAAAACCCCUGAUUAUGUGAAAUGUGCGAAAUUGGUAUACUUUUGCGAUAUCAACCGUAUAGAGUCUCGAGCAUGGGAAGCUUUAAAAGUGUGGUAUACAGAGUCCAAUACCUUGCUCGAUGGUACUAUUCAGUUUGACUUUACGGAACAAACGUUGUCGCCAUCUUCACUUGUGUUAGAAGCGCUCGUGUACAUUACGGCUUGUAAUCGUGAAGAUGAAAUGUUAAAAAACGAAAUGCUUGGUCUUGGCAUCUUACAGUACUUGGUAUCAAAAGUGGAUAAAACGUCGCUUCUGCUCGUUCAUGAAACUUUCGACGAUGAAACCUUGCUGCUGGAUCUGCGGAAUCUGGAGCGUUGUUUCCGAAUUAUUGAAACGUGCACCUUCUGCAGCAAAAAAAAUCAGGCGUAUUUGAUAAGUCACCGAGGCGGUGCGCUGAUACAAACGUGUGGUCGACUUCUGAACUAUUGUCAUCAAACGAUAGAAAAAGUUGGAGACCCUGAGUCUAGCAUUCUCAAGAACGCUUUCAAUUGUGUGAAGAGAAUUGCCGGGGUGUUGAUCAACCUUUCUCAUGAUAACGGUAGGGUUCUUAAAGUAAGCAGUCUACUAGUUAACCUGGUUGAAAGGUGCAACUCAAACAGAAGAAAGUUGAUUAAUACCAAAGUGAGGUUUUACAACAGAGAAACUAAAGUCGUUCAAGAUGAGGUUGCACUGAAAGCACUUUCUCAGAUGUUUGUACUUCACGACUCUGCUGCGCGUACGGUCGAUGAAGAACUCGACAACGAUUUGAUUUUGGAGGGUGUUUCUGAUGAAGAAUGCGAUGAUAGUGAUGAAGAGAAGAAAGCGAGUGACGAUGGUCGUUUGAAACGUCGAGCACCCAUAGAACUUACUGAAGACGAGAUGGCAGAAACUAUUCAGAGAGCUAUGAACAAAGCAAGUUCUCAUAUGGAAGAUUCUGUUGUUGCUUCUUACGUUGCGUUGAUAAUUGGUUGUUUAAUGCAGCAGAAUGAAGAGUCUAUUUCUGUUGUUAAGGCCGAGAUGCCUAAUGGUGAUAUUUCCGGUUUGACUGCACAGUUGCAGCGAUUCCUAGAUUUUAUGAAAUACAUGGCAUGUUUUAUCCUUCCCUUUUACAGUUGCCAAAGAAUGCGAGGAUCGUCUCAUCGGUCGGUAGAGCAUAUUAUUGAACUUCUCGAUGACCUUAAUAAAUAA